AAAGGGUACUUCCCUGCAGAGUUUUCAGGCAGCGGGGAUUUCUUAGGCAGAUCUCUUGACAGACUGGCUCCUCCCCUGAGUUUCAGUUUCAGUUUUUGAUCUCAGCACAGCGCAGAGGCACCAGGUUGUUGGAGCCAACAAUCAUCCCCUGCGCCUCGGCAGGUGGUGCAUAUAAGAGCUGGCAGGGCAGGGGCCAAGUGGUCUGUGUUCAGUCUCAGCCAGAUUUGUUUCCAGAAUGGAGCUGCGACCCUACCAGUGGGAGGUGAUCAUGCCUGCCCUGGAGGGCAAGAAUAUUAUCAUAUGGCUGCCCACGGGGGCUGGGAAGACCCGGGCAGCCGCUUAUGUGGCCAAGAGGCAUCUGGAGACCGUGGAUGGAGCCAAAGUGGUUGUGCUGGUCAACAGGGUGCACCUGGUGACCCAGCAUUCCGAGGAGUUCAGCCGCAUGCUGGACAAACGCUGGGCUAUUAUAACUCUGAGUGGGGACAUGGGGCCACGAGCUGGCUUUGGCCACCUGGCCCGGAGCCAUGACCUGCUCAUCUGCACGGCCGAGCUGCUACAGAUGGCGCUGACCAGCCCUGAGGAGGAGGAGCACGUGGAGCUCAACGCCUUCUCCCUGCUGGUGGUGGAUGAGUGUCACCACACUCACAAAGACACCGUCUACAACAUCAUCCUGAGCCGGUAUCUGCAGCACAAACUCCAGAGGACACGGCCCCUGCCCCAGAUCCUGGGUCUCACAGCCUCCCCAGGCACUGGCGGGGCCUCCACACUCGACAAGGCCAUUGACCACAUCCUGCAGCUCUGUGCCAACCUGGACACAUGGCGCAUCAUGUCACCCCAGGACUACCGCCCUCAGCUACAGGAGCACAGCCCUCAGCCCUGCAAACAGUACAACCUCUGCCACAGGCGCAGCCAGGACCCUUUUGGGGAAAUGCUGAAGGACCUCAUGGACCGAAUCCACAGCCGCCUUGGGAUGCCCGAGUUGAGCCGGGACUUUGGGAAGCAGACUUACGAGCAGCAGGUGGUGGAGCUGAGCCAGGAAGCGGCCAAGGCCGGGCUCCUUGAGCGCCGGGUGUACGCGCUUCACCUGCGGCGCUACAAUGACGCACUGCUCAUCCACGACACGGUCCGUGCUGUGGACGCGCUGGCCUCGCUGCGGGAGUUCUACGACAGGGAGCGCGCCACUAAGACCCAGGUCCUGCAAGCUGAGCGCUGGCUCCUGACACUGUUCAAUGACUACAAGAAUAAGCUGGCCGACCUGGCAGACUGGAGCCCAGAGAACCCCAAACUGGAGACGCUAGAACAGAUCCUGAGAGAGCAGCGCUGGAGCUCCGAUGGCCCCCGGGGCAUCAUCUUCACCCAAACCCGCCAGAGCGCUCACUCCCUCCUGCUGUGGCUUCAGCAGCAACCCAGCCUGCAGACACUGGACAUCAGGGCUGACCUGGUGAUUGGGGCUGGCAACAGCAGCCAGAACACCCAUAUGACCCAGAAAGACCAGCAAGAAGUGAUCCGGAAGUUUCGGAUUGGCAUCCUGAACCUCCUGGUGGCUACCAGCGUGGUGGAAGAAGGGCUGGACAUCCCCCACUGCAACGUGGUGGUGCGCUAUGGGCUGCUCACCAAUGAGAUCUCCAUGGUCCAGGCCAGGGGCCGCGCCAGGGCUGGUCAGAGUGUGUACUCGUUUGUGGCCACUCAAGGCAGUCGUGAGCUGCGGCGGGAGCUGACCAACGAGGUGCUGGAGAGGUUGAUGGAGCAGGCCGUGACUGCCGUGCAGAAGAUGGACGAGGCCGAGUACCAGGCCAAGAUCCGGGAUCUGCAGCGGGCAGCCCUGGUCAAGCGGGCCGUGCAGGCAGCCCAGCGGGAGAACCGGCAGCAGCAGUUCCUGGCUGAGCAGGUGCAGCUUCUCUGCGUCAACUGCAUGGUGGCCGUGGGCUAUGGGAGUGACCUGCGGAAGGUGGAGGGCGCCCACCAUGUCAACGUGAACCCCAACUUCUCGAUCUACUACAAUGUCUCCCGGGUGCCUGUGGUCAUUGACCGAACCUUCAAGGACUGGAAGCCUGGGGGUGCCAUUCACUGCAGGAACUGUGGGGAGCCCUGGGGUCUGCAGAUGAUCUACAAGUCAUUGAAGCUGCCAGCGCUCAAAGUUCGCAGCAUGCUUUUAGAGACACCCCAAGGGAGAGUCCAGGCCAAGAAGUGGUCCCGCGUGCCCUUCCUCGUGCAUGACUUCGACUACCUGCAGCACUGUACCCAGAACCUGACCGACCUGUCCCUGGAUUGAGCACCUUGUCCCUGCAGUGCCUCGCUCAGGCUGCAGGGGGCGGAAGAAUCCACUGCAGCCGCCAUCUUCCCCGGAGCAAAGCCGGGGCCGAGACGCCUCCUGCCUGAGUCACCGGCUCAAGGUGUCAAGCUGACCAGCCACAGAGGAACCCCGGGCGCCCAGGCUGGCUCAGACUCCCUACGUACCCACAGACACCCCAGCGCACGAGAUGGAAGCGUGGGGGUUGGGGGGAUUGAGAAGGAAACUGAGGCAGGAGGCUAGCCACACUAUACUAGCAAGCACCACAACUUCCCUUGACCCCCUGACAUUCCCUCCCUGCCAAGGCGCCUUCUAUAUUUUGAGGCUCCCCAUAAACUGAAAAUAAAGAAGUGGAAAAUUGGUGUCGAAAAGUUA